AUGCCGCCCGCCGCGCCCGCCCGCCUGGCGCUCGCCUUGGGCCUGGGCCUGUGGCUCGGGGCGCUGGCGGGGGUCCCCGGGCGCGGCUGCGGGCCGUGCGCGCCCCCCUGCCUCUGCGGCCCGGCGCCCGGCGCCGCCUGCCUCGUCAACUGCUCUGGCCAUGGGCUGCGGACGCUCGGGCCCGCGCUGCGCAUCCCCGCGGACGCCACCGCGCUGGACGUCUCCCACAACCUGCUCCGGGCGCUGGACAUUGGGCUCCUGGCGAACCUCUCAGCGCUGACGGAGCUGGACAUAAGCAACAACAAGAUUUCUACGUUAGAAGAAGGAAUAUUUGCUAAUUUAUUUAAUUUAAGUGAAAUAAACCUCGGCGGGAACCCGCUCGAGUGUGACUGCGGUCUGGCCUGGUUGCCACGCUGGGCGGAGGGGCAGCGGGUCCGCGUGGUGCGGCCCGAGGCGGCCACGUGCGCCGGGCCUGGCCCCCUGGCUGGCCAGCCGCUGCUCAGUGGAGUGCUGCUGGAUGGAGCCUGCGGUGAGGAGUAUGUCGCUUGUGUCCCUGAUGACAGCUCGGGCGCCGUGGCGCUGGUGGCCUUCUCGGCUGCCCCCGAGGGCCCGGUGGCCGCUGAGGCCUGUGGCGCCCUCUGUUUCGCGGCCGGCCAGACCCUCGCGGCCCUCUCGGAGCAGGGCCGGUGCCUGUGCGGGGCGGCCCGGCCCCCCAACGCCUCCUCUGCCUGCCUGCCCUCCUGCUCUGGCUCCUCCCUGACCCCCGCUCCUGCCUGCCGGGGGCCUAGCCUCCUCCAGCACAUCUUCCCUGCCUCCCCGGGGGCCGCCCUGCUGGGGCCCCAAGGACCCCUGGCCUCUGGCCAGCCCGCAGCCUUCCACAUCACCGCCUCGCUGCCGGUCAGCUCCACGCACUGGGACUUCGGCGACGGCUCCCCGGAGGUGGACGUCGCGGGCCCAGACGCCAGUCACCGCUUUGUGCUGCCUGGACGCUACCCUGUGACGGCCAUGCUGGCCCUGGGGGCGGGCUCUGCCCGGCUGGGGGCGGAGGUGCGGGUGGAGGCCGCCCCCGCCGCCCUGGAGCUCGUCUGUGUGGCCUCGGUGCACAGCAACGAGACCCUGCAGCUUGGCGUCCGGAACCGUGGCGGCUCGGGCCUAGAGGCCACCUACAGCAUCGUGGCCCUGGGCGAGGAGCCAGCCCAAGUGGUGCACCCGCUUUGCCCCCCGGACACGGAAAUCUUCCCCGGCAAUGGGCACUGUUACCGCCUGCAGGCAGAGAAGGCAUCCUGGGCUCAAGCACAGGAGCAGUGCCGGGCCUGGGCCGGGGCCGCCCUGGCCAUGGUGGACAGCCCCGCUGUGCAGCGCUUCCUGGUCUCCCGCGUCACCAGGAGCCUGGACGUGUGGAUUGGCUUCUCAGCCGUGGAGGGGGCAGCAGCAGGCCCCGCACCCCAGGGCGGCGCCUUCAGCCUGGAGAGCUGCCAGAACUGGCUGCCCGGGGAGCCGCACCCCGCCACAGCCGAGCGUUGCGUGCGCCUGGGGCCCGCUGGGCAGUGCAACACGGACCUGUGCUCAGCACCUCACAGCUACGUCUGUGAGCUGCGGCCUGGAGGCCCCGUGUGGGAUGCAGAGAACUUUCUCAUGGGAGCGCCCAGUGGGGACCUGCAGGGUCCCUUGAGCCCCCUGGAACAGCAGGAGGCCCUCCUGGCCCCCCAGGAGCCUGUCGAGGUGAUGGCGUUUCCUGGCCUGAGCCCGAGCCGCGAAGUCUUCCUCACCGCUGCCGAGUUCGCGACGCAGGAGCUGGGCCGGCCCGCCCAGCUGCGGCUGCAGGUGUUCCGGGCGGGCCGCGGAGCAGGGGCCCUGGACAACAGCAGCAAGCCCCAGGGUCAGUCCCUGGAAAACAGGACUGAGCUGGCCCCUGCAUGCACACCAGAAGGGCCCCUGUGCCCCCGCACCAACGUCUGCCUGCCUCUGGACACCCCCUGCCACCUGGGGGCCUGUGCCAACGGAUCCACACCAGGGCCGGGUCUCCCUGGGGUCUCUUACGCGCUCUGGAAAGAGUUCCUCUUCUCCGUGCCUGCAGGCCCCCCCGCCCAGUACUCGGUCCCCUUCCACAGCCAGGACGUCGCCCUGCUCCCUGGCGACCUCAUCAGCCUGCAGCAUGAUGCAGGGCCGGGUGCCCUCCUGCACUGCCCCCCGACGCUGGGCUUCCUGGGCUCCGAGACCCCAUACUUCUCCGCCAACGCCUCAGCCUGGCUUGCCCGUCUGCCUGCCCAGCUGGAGGCGGCCCCGGCUGGCCCCGCCUGCGCCCUGCGGUUGCUGGCCGCCACGGAGCGGCUCACCCCUCUGCUGGGCCUGGGCCCCAACCCGGGGCUGUGGCGGCCAGGGCGCUACGAGGUCAGGGCCACAGUGGGCAACGGCGUGUCCAGGCACAACCUGACCUGCAGCUUCGAUGUCCUAUCUCCGGUGGCUGGGCUUCAGGCCAUCUACCCGGCCCCCCAGGACGGCCGCUUCUAUGUGCCCACCAGCGGCUCGGCUCUGGUGCUGCAGGUGGACUCUGGUGCCAACGCCACUGCCGUGGCCCGCUGGCCCGGGGGCAAUGCCAGUGCGCCCUUCGAGGCUGCCUGCCCGGCCGCUGUGGCCGCCCUGGCACCUGGCUGUGCCGAGGCGGCCAAUGGCAGCCUGUUCUCGGUGCUGAAGCUGCCGGAGCUCCGUGAGGGCGAGCACGAAGUGGAGGUGGUGGUGGAGAACGGGGCCGGCCGGGCCAACCUCAGCCUGCUGGUGACAGCAGAGGAGCCCAUCCGCGGGCUCCGCGCCACGCCCAGCCCCGAGGCCCGCGUGCUGCAGGGCGUUCUGGUGAGGUACAGUCCCGUGGUGGAGGCUGGCUCAGACGUGGUCUUCCGCUGGACCAUCGACGACAAACAGUCCCUGACCUUCCACAACGUGGUCUUCAACGUCAUCUACCAGAGCGCAGCCGUCUUCAAGCUCUCGCUGACGGCCUCCAACCAUGUGAGCAGCGUCAGCGCGCACUUCAACGUCACCGUGGAGCCAAUGCACCGGAUGCAGGGCCUGCAGGUGUCCGCGGUGCCGUCCGUGCUGGCCCCCAACGCCACGCUGGCGCUGGCCGCCCACGUGCUGGUGGACUCGGCCGUAGAGGUGGCCUUCCUGUGGACCUUCGGGGAUGGGGAGCAGGCGGUCAGCCAGUUCAAGCCUCCGUACGACAAGUCCUUCGAGGUCCCAGACCCCACGGUGGCCCAGGUGCUGGUGGGGCACAACACCUCGCACACCUACACCGUCCCAGGUGAAUACAACCUGACCCUGCUCGUGUCCACUGCCUUUGAGAACCUGACGCAGCAAGUGCCUGUCAGUGUGCGUGCCGCCCUGCCGGCCGUGGCCGUGGCCGUGGGCAGCCAGGUCCUGGUGGCUGGCUGGCCCGUCACCUUCUUCCCGUGCCCGCUUCCAUCGCCGGGCGGUGUCCUCUACACGUGGGACUUCGGGGAUGGCUCCCCAGCUGUCAGCCAGCCCCAGCCAGAGGUCAACCACACGUUCGCCUCGAGGGGCACAUACCGUGUCCGCCUGGAGGUCAACAACACGGUGAGCCUCGUGGUGGCAGCCAUCAGUGUGCGUGUCUUUGAGGAGCUCCGCGGCCUGACGGUGAGCCUGAGCCCCGCCGUGGAGCAGGGUGCGCCCGUGGUGGUCAGCGCUGCCCUGGAUUCCGGUGACAACGUCACGUGGACUUUCGACAUGGGGGAUGGCACGGUGCUCAUGGGCCCUGAGGCCACGGUGGAGCACGUGUACCGGCGGGCGCAGAACUGCACGGUGACGGUGGGUGCAUCCAGCCCCGCCGGCCGCCUGGCCCACAGCCUGCCUGUGCACGUCUUCGUCCUAGAGGUGCUGUGGAUCGAGCCGGUAGCCUGCAUCGCCUCCCAGCCACACGCCCGGCUCACGGCCCACGUCACCGGGGACCCUGCCCACUAUGUCUUUGACUGGACCUUCGGGGACGGCUCGUCCAACAUCAGCAUCCGGGGGGACCCAACUGUGACGCACAACUUUACGCGCAGCGGCACGUUCCCGCUGGCUCUGGUACUGGCGAGCCGCGUGAACAGAGCACACUACUUCAGCAGCGUCUGCGUGGAGCCCGAGCUGGGCAACGUCACCCUGCGGCCCGAGAGGCAGUUCGUGCGGCUCGGGGACGAGGCCCACCUGGUGGCCCACGCCUGGCCCCCCUUCCCCUACCGCUACACCUGGGACUUCGGCACCGAGGAUGCCGCCGCCCACGUUGGGGGCCCUGAGGCCACGUUCACCUACCGGCUCGUGGGCUCCUACCUGGUGACGGUCACCGCAGCCAACAACAUCUCGGCCGCCAACGACUCGGCGCUGGUGGAGGUGCAGGAGCCCGUGGAGGUCACGGGCAUCAGGGUCAACAGCUCCCACGCUCUGGAGCUGCAGCAGCCCUACCUGUUCUCUGCCGUGGGCCACGGGCGCCCCGCCAGCUACCUGUGGGAGCUGGGGGACGGCGGGCGGCUGCAGGGCCCCACAGUCACCCACUCCUAUGGUAGCACGGGCUGCUUCCAAGUCCGGGUGGCUGGCUGGAACGAGGUAAGCCGGGGGGAGGCCCGGCUGAAUGUGACGGUGCAGCGGCGCGUGCGGGGGCUCAGCGUGAACGCCAGCCGCACGGUGCUGCCCCUCAAUGGCAGCGUGAGCUUCAGCACGGUGCUGGAGGCUGGCAGCGACGUGCGCUACUCCUGGGUCCUCUGUGACCGCUGCACACCCAUCCCCGGGGGCCCCACCAUCUCUUACACCUUCCGCUCCGUGGGCACCUUCAACAUCAUCGUCACGGCCGAGAACGAGGUGGGUGCGGCCCAGGACAGCAUCUUUGUCUACGUCCUGCAGCACAUCGAAGGGCUGCAGGUGGUGGGCUGCGGCUGCUGCUUCCCCACCAACCGCACGCUGCAGCUGCAGGCCGCGGUGCGGGAUGGCACCAACAUCUCCUACAGCUGGGCCGCUCAGCGCGACAGUGGCCCCACCCUGGCCGGCAGUGGCAAAGCCUUCUCACUCACCGUGCUUGAGGCCGGCACCUACCACGUCCAGCUGCGGGCCACCAACAUGCUGGGCAGUGCCUCAGCCAACUGCACAGUGGACUUCGUGGAGCCAGUAGGGUGGCUGGCCAUCACCGCCUCCCCGAACCCAGCUGCCGUCAAUGCGAGCAUCGUCCUCCGGGCUGAGCUGGCUGGGGGCAGCGGCGUCACUUACAGCUGGUCCCUGGAGGAGGGGCCGCGCUGGGAGACCCCGGAGCCGUCCACCGCCCUCAGCUUCCCCACCCCCGGCCUGCGCCCAGUCACAGUCACGGCCGAGAACCAGCUGGGCUCGGCCAACGCCAGCGUGGAGGUGGUCGUGCAAGUGCCCGUCAGUGGCCUCAGCAUCCAGGCCAGGGAACUUGACGGCGGCUUCGUGGUGGCCGGUUCCACGGUGCCCUUCUGGGGGCAGCUGGCUGCAGGCACCGAUGUGAGCUGGCGCUGGGCCGUGCCGGGUGGCAGCAGGCAGGGCCAGCAUGUCACUGUGGUCCUCUCCGACGCCGGCCCGGUCUGGGUCCAGCUCAAUGCCUCCAACGCGGUCAGCUGGGUGGUGGCCACCCACAACCUCACCGUGCAGGAGCCCGUCGUGGGCCUGGUGCUGUGGGCCAGCAGGAAGGUGGUGGAGCCCGGGCAGCCGGUGCACUUUCAGAUCUUGCUGGCCGCCGGCUCGGCCGUCCGCUUCCUCCUGCAGGUUGGUGGGGGUGGCCUCGAGGUGCUGCCUGAGCCCCACUUCUCCCGCAGCUUCCCUCGAGUUGGGGACUACACGGUGAGCGUGCACGCCGAGAACCGCGUGAGCCGGGCGCAGGCCCAGGUGCGCAUCUCGGUGCUGGAGGCCGUGGGUGGGCUGCAGGUGCCCGAUUGCUGCGGGUUGGCCAUCGCCACAGGCGCCGAACGGAACUUCAGUGCCCGUGUGCAGCAGGGCUCCCGCGUCGCCUACGCCUGGUACUUCUCACUGCAGAAGGUGCAGGGGGACUCGCUGGUCAUCCUGUCGGGCCGUGACGUCACCUACACCCCCGUGGCCGCGGGGUUGCUGGAGAUCCAUGUGCGCGCCUUCAACGAGCUGGGUGGCGUGAACUGCACGCUGCAGGUGGAGGUGCAGGACGCCAUCCAACACGUGGCGUUGCGUGGCCCCCGCUGCUUCGCCAACCGCUCUGCCCACUUUGAGGCGGCCACCAGCCCCAGCGCCCGGCGCGUGACCUACCGCUGGGACUUCGGGGACGGGGCCCCAGUGGAGGACACGGAGGUGCCCUGGGCGGCGCACUCCUACCUGCAGCCCGGGGACUACCGCGUGCAGGUGAACGCCUCCAACCUGGUGAGCUUCUUUGUGGCACAGGCCACGGUCACCGUGCAUGUGCUGGCCUGCAGGGAGCCCGCGGUGGACGUGGCCCUGCCCCCGCAGGUGCUCAUGCGGCGCUCCCAGCGCAACUACCUGGAGGCCCACGUCGACCUGCGGGACUGCGUCAGCUACCAGACCGAAUACCGCUGGGAGGUGUACCGUGCGGCCAGCUGCCAGCGGCCCGGGCGCGCGGCACGGGUGGCGCUGCCCGGGGUGGACGUGAGCCGGCCCCAGCUGGUGCUGCCGCGGCUCGCGCUGCCUGUGGGCCACUACUGCUUUGUGUUCCUGGUGUCGUUCGGGGACACGCCGCUGGCCCGCAGCAUCCAGGCCAACGUGACGGUGGCCGCCGAGCGCCUGGUGCCCAUCGUGGAGGGCGGCUCCUCCCGCGUGUGGUCGGACUCCCAGGACCUGGUGCUGGACGGGAGCAAGUCCUACGACCCCAACCUGGAGGACGGCGACCAGACGCCGCUCAGCUUCCACUGGGCCUGCGUGUCCGCGACGCAGAGUGAGACUGGUGGGUGCGCGCUGAACUUUGGGCCCCGCGGCAGCAGCGUGGUCACCAUCCCUCGGGAGCGCCUGCGCGCUGGCGUGGAGUACACCUUCAACCUGACUGUGUGGAAGGCCGGCCGAAAGGAGGAGGUCACCAGCCAGACGGUGCUGGUCCGCAGCGGCCAGCUGCCCAUUGUGUCCCUGGAGUGCGUGUCGUGCAAGGCACAGGCGGUGUACGCGGUGAGCCGCAGCUCCUACGUGUACCUGGAGGGCCGCUGUGACAACUGCGACGGGGGCUCGGAGCGAGGGCUGUGGGCCGCACGCAGCUUCAGCAACGAGACGCUGGUGCUGGAUGCAACGACCACGUCCACGGGCCGCGCGGGCAUGCGGCUGGUGGUGCGGCAGGGCGUGCUGCGCGACGGUGAGGGCUACACCUUCACGCUGACCGUGCUGGGCCGCUCGGGCCAGGAGCAGGGCUGCGCCUCCAUCCGCCUGGCACCGAACCGCCCGCCGCGGGGCGGCUCUUGCCGCCUCUUCCCACUGGAGGACGUGCGUGCGCUCAUCACCAAGCUGCACUUCGAGUGCGCAGGCUGGCAGGACGCGGAGGACGCUGGUGCACCGCUGGUAUACGCCCUGCAGCUGCGGCGCUGCCGCCAGGGCCACUGCGAGGAGUUCUGCGUCUACAAGGGCAGCCUCGCCUCCUACGGGGCCGUGCUGCCGCCCGGCUUCGCGCCCCACUUCGUGGUGGGCCUGGCCGUGCUGGUACAGGACCAGCUGGGGGCCACCGUGGUCGCUCUGAACAGGUCUCUAACCAUCACCCUACCAGACCCCCCUGGAGACCCCGCUGAUGGCCCCCCGGACCUCACGGGCUGGCUGCAUAGCCUGGCGGGGAGCACGCUGCCGGGGCUGCUGCGGCAGGCCGACCCCCAGCACGUCAUGGAGUACUCACUGGCCCUCAUCGCUGUGCUCAACGAGUAUGAGCAGACCCUACCUGUGCUGGCGGAGCCGGACCCCAGGCAGGAGCUGCGUGCCCAGAUACGCAAGAACAUCACGGAGACGCUGGUGUCCCUGCGGGUCAACACGGUGGACGACAUCCAGCAGGUGGCGGCUGCGCUGGCCCAGUGCACGGUGUCCAGCCGGGAGCUUGUGUGCCGCUCAUGCCUAAAGAAGACGCUGCACAGGCUGGAGGACAUGAUGCGCAUCCUGCAGGCGGAGACCGCCACGGGGGCGGGGACGCCCACCGCCAUCGCAGACAGCAUCCUCAACAUCACAGGCGACCUCAUCCAUGUGGCCAGCUCAGACGUGCAUGGCCCACAGCCCUCGGAGCUGGGGGCGGAGCCGCCCUCGCUGCUGGUGGCGUCCAGGGCCUACCAGCUCUCGUCCGCCCUCGUGGGCAUCCUCACGCGCUCCCGCGUGCUCAACGAGGAGCCCCUGACGCUGGCAGGGGAGGAAAUCCUGGCGCAAGGCAAGCGCUCGGACCCGCGAAGCCUGCUGUGCCAGGGUGACGCCCCAGGCCCUGGCUGUCACUUCUCCAUCCCUGAGGCCUUCAGCGCUGCCCUGCCCAACCUCAGCGACGUGGUGCAGCUCAUCCUGCUCGUGGACUCCAACCCCUUCCCCUUCGGCUAUAUCAGCAACUACACCGUCUCCACCAAGGUGGCCUCCAUGGCCUUCCAGACGCAGGCUGGCACCCAGAUCCCCAUCAGGCAGCUGGCCUCGGAGCGCGCCAUCACCGUGAAGGUGCCCAACAACUCGGAUCAGGCCUCCCAGGGCCAGCGCGUCCCCGCUGGCUCUGCCGUCAUCCAGCCCCGGGCCUCGGUCAGCGUCGUGGUCACCCUCGAGAACAGCAACCCCGAGGCGGGGCUGCACCUGCAGCUUACCUUCACGGUGCUGGACGAGCAGUACCUGCCGGAGGAGCCCGAGCCCUUCCUGGCCGCCUACCUGCACUCGGAGCCCCGGCCCAACGAGCACAACUGCUCAGCCAGCAAGAGGAUCAGCCUGGAGGCCCUGGCGGGCGGAGACCACAGGCCCUACACCUUCUUCAUCGCCCCAGGGUCCCGAGACUUGGGCACGAGCUACUACCUGAACUUGAGCAGCCACUUCCGCUGGUCAGCGCUGACGGUGUCCGUGGGCCUGUACACGUCGCUCUGCCAGUACUUCAGCGAGGAGGACAUGGCGUGGCGCACAGAGGGGCUGGUGCCUCUGGAGGAGACCUCGCCCCGCGAGGCUGUCUGCCUCACCCGCCACCUCACCGCCUUCGGCGCCAGCCUCUUUGUGCCCGCCAGCCGCGUCGAGUUCACCUUCCCCGAGCCGGCCUCCGGCGUCAACCACGUUGUCCUGCUGACCUGUGCUGUGUGCCUACUGACCUACGCGGUCAUGGCCGUGAUCCUGCGGAAGCUGGACCAGCUGGACGUCCGCCGGGUCCGUGCCAUCCCAUUCUGCGGGAAGGGGGGCCGCUUCAAGUACGAGAUCCUGGUCAAGACCGGCUGGGGCCGGGGCUCAGGGACCACGGCUCACGUGGGCAUCAUGCUGUACGGGGCAGACGGCCGCAGCGGCCACCGGCACCUGGAUGGGGACGGAGCCUUCCAGCGCAACAGCCUGGACGUCUUCCAGAUUGCCACCCCGCACAGCCUGGGCCGCCUGUGGAAGAUCCGCGUGUGGCACGACAACAAAGGGCUGAGCCCCGCCUGGUUCCUGCAGCAUGUCAUCAUUCGGGACCUGCAGAGCGCCCGCAGCACCUUCUUCCUGGUCAACGACUGGCUGUCGGUGGAGACGGAGGCCAACGGGGGCCUGGUGGAGAAGGAGGUGCUGGCUGCAAGCGAUGCGGCGCUGCGGCGGUUUAAGCGCCUCCUGGUCGCUGAGCUGCAGCGUGGCUUCUUCGACAAGCACGUCUGGCUCUCCAUAUGGGACCGGCCGCCUCGGAGCCGCUUCACGCGCGUGCAGCGUGCCACGUGCUGCGUCCUCCUCGUCGGCCUCUUCCUGGGUGCUAACGCCGUGUGGUACGGGGCUGUGAGGGACAGCACCCACAGCCGGGGCCCCGUGUCCAGCCUGGCCCCACUGAGCCUGGAUACCGUCGCCGUCGGCCUGGUGUCCAGCCUGGUCGUCUACCCCGUUUACCUGGCCAUCCUGUUCCUCUUCCGCAUGUCCCGGAGCAAGGUGGCAGGGGGCCUGAGCCCCACCCCCGCAGGCCCGCAGGCGCUGGACGUGGAUAGCUGCCUGGACUCAUCCGUGCUGGACAGCUCCAUGCUCGCCUUCCCGGGACUCGGUGCCGAGGCCUUUGCUGGACAAGUGAGACAGGACUCAUUUCUGGAGGAUUCUAAAAGCCUGGUGUGCUGGCCAUCCAGCGAAGGCACCCUCAGCUGGCCAGACUUGCUGAGUGACCCGUCCGUCAUGGGCAGUGCCCUGCAGCGGCUGGCUCGGGGCCGGAUGGGCCUCACACCAGGCCCGGAGGAGGACAGUCUCUCCCUGGUCAGCCCCUCCUCACCUGCCAAGUACUUCUCCGCUUCAGAUGAGGACCUGAUCCGGCAGAUCCUGGCUGAAGGGGCUGGCAGCCUGGCCCCCACCCAGGACACGCAGGGAGAAACAGACCUGCUCGCUGGCCUGUGCAGCGCCCCUGGCGAGAAGACCCAGCCCGUGAUGCUGCGGAGCCCGGGGGACGCAGGGCUGCCCAGCCCAGGCCUGAAGUGGGAACAGCCCCCACCGGCCAGGCUCCCCAAGACAGGUGCGCACCCAAGUCCCAGGACAGCCUUCCGCUCCUCUGAGCCGCUGCUGACCCAUCUGCCUGCCUUCCCAGGGCUGGUGGAGGGUCUGCGGAAGCGGCUGCUGCCAGCCUGGUGUGCGCCCCUGGCCCACGGACUCAGCCUGCUCCUGGUGGCCGUGGCCGUGGGCGUGUCAGGGUGGGUUGGCGCCAGCUUCCCACCCAGCGUAUCUGUCAUGUGGCUCCUCUCAAGUGGCUCCAGCUUCCUGGCCUCCUUCCUCUGCUGGGAGCCUUUCAAGGUCCUGCUGGAGGCACUGUAUUUCUCCUUGGUGGCCAAGCGGCUACACCCCGAUGAGGAUGACACCCUGGUGGAGAGCCCGGCUGUGACACCCGUGAGCGAGCGUGUGCCCCGCGUGCGGCCGCCCCACGGCUUCGCGCUCUUCCUGGCAAAGGAGGAAGCCCGGAAGGUCAAGAGGCUGCAUGGGAUGCUGCGGGGCCUUCUGGUUUACAUGUUCUUCCUGCUGGUGACACUGCUGGCCAACUACGGGGAUACCUCGUGCCACAGCCAUGCCUACCGCCUGCAGAGCGCCAUCAAGCAGGAGCUGGACAGCCAGGCCUUCCUGGCCAUCACCCGGUCUGAUGAGUUCUGGCCAUGGAUGUCCCACGUUCUGCUCCCCUACAUCCACGGGAACCAGUCCAGGCCAGAGCUGGGGCCCCCACGGCUGCGGCAGGUGCGUCUGCAGGAAGCGCUCUGCCCGCACCCGCCUGGCUCCAGGGACCCUGCGUGCUCAGCAGCCUCAGGCGGCUUCAGCACCAGCGACUACAGCGUUGGCUGGGGGAGCGCUGCUCUCAAUAGCUCCGAGAUCUGGGCUUACUCAGCACCAGACCUGCUGGGCGUGUGGUCCUGGGGCUCCUGCGCCGUGUACGACAGCGGGGGCUACGUGCAGGAGCUGGGGCCCAGCCUGGAGGAGAGCCGCGCGCAGCUGGGCUUCCUGCAGCUGCACAACUGGAUCGACAACAGAAGCCGCGCCGUAUUUGUGGAGCUGACACGCUACAGCCCGGCCGUGGGGCUGCACGCCGCCGUAACGCUGCGCCUGGAGUUCCCAGCGGCUGGACACGCAGUGGCGGCCCUCAGCGUCCGCCCGUUCGUGCUGCGGCAGCUCAGCGCCGGCCUCUCGCUGCCGCUGCUCACCUCGGUGAGCCUGCUCCUGUUCGCCUUGUACUUCUCGGCGGCCGAGGUACGCGCCUGGCGCCGGGAGGGGUGCACGCGCGCCACGCGGGCUGGGACCUGGGCGCGGUGGCUGCUGGUGGCACUGACGGCAGCCGCGGCGCUGGUGCGCUUGGCCCAGCUGGGCGCCGCCGACCGCCAGUGGACCCGCUUCCUGCGCCGCCGCCCGCACCGCUUCACCAGCUUCGAACAGGUGGCCCAGCUGAGCGCCGUGGCUCGGGGCCUGACCGCCUCGCUGCUCUUCCUGCUCUUGGUCAAGGCCGCCCAGCAGCUGCGCUUUGUGCGCCAGUGGUCGGUUUUCGGCAAGACGCUGUGCCGGGCGCUGCCGGAGCUCGCGGGGGCAGCCUUGGGCCUGGUGAUGCUCGCCGCAGCCUACGCGCAGCUUGCUGUCCUGUUGGUCUCCUCUUGUGUGGACUCGCUUCGGAGUGCUGCCCAGGCCUUCCUGGUGCUGUGCCCCGGGACCGGGGGUCCUGCCCUGUGCCCGGCGGAGUCCUGGCGCCUGUCCCCCAUGCUGUGCACGGGGCUCUGGGCCCUGCGUCUGUGGGGAGCCCUGAGGCUGGGGUCCGUUCUCCUGCGGUGGCGGUACCACACUCUGCAUGGGGAGCUGUACCGCCCAGCCUGGGAGCCGCAGGACUAUGAGAUGGUGGAGCUGUUCCUGCGCCGCCUGCGCCUCUGGAUGGGCUUCAGCAAGGUCAAGGAGUUCCGCCACAAAGUCCGCUUCGAAGGGAUGGAGCCACUGCCCUCCCGCUCAUCCCGGGGCUCCAAGGCUUCCGCGGACGUGCCCCCACCCAGCGGGGGCUCCGACACCUCCCGCCCCUCCACCUCCUCCAGCCAGCUGGAGGGGCUGAGCGUGGGCCUGGGCCGGCCGGGGCCUCGAGAGCUGGAGCCCGAGCCGUCCCGCCUCCAUGCUGUGUUUGAGGCCCUACUCGCCCAGUUUGACCGGCUCAACCAGGCCACCGAAGACGUCUACCAGCUGGAGCGGCGGCUGCAGCGCCUGCAGGGCCACAGGAGCAAUGUGCUCCCAGCCUCCCCGCCCCCUGGCCCCUCCCCAGGCCUGCGGCCUGUCCUGCCCAGCCGCCUUGCCCGGGCCAGUCGAGGCAUUGGCCUGGCUACAGGUCCCAGCAGAGCAUCACUGCGGGCCAGGAACAAGAUCCACCCCAGCAGCUCUUAG